AUGCUGCAAGGAUGGAAUUAAUUUAACUAUCCAACUAAAAUUAACAAUUAUAGCUGCUAAAAUAUUGAAAAUCAAAUUGGUGAAAUUAGUCUUAUUUAAGAUGAUUAAGUUAAAAGAAGCUGCUAAAAUCAGUUAAACUGUUUGUAGUUUAAAGACAAUAGUCUUUGUAGUAGCAAUUAAAUAGAAGAAAUAAAUUUUCUUGCUCAGAGAUUAGGCAUAAGCACAGAAUUUCCUGAUUAAUACUCAUAAUAUGGGGCUGAUUAAUAAUAUUGUUAGAAUUAAAUCCCAGAAUUUCAAAAAGAAAAUAUAGAAAUGAAAAUGAAUUUUAUAGAUAAAAUUCAUUAAAGUCUAGUUAAUUACAAUUUAAAUGCUCCUAUUUUUUAUUAUUAAAAUUCUGAUAAUAUAGUUUUAAAUUUGAAUCAGAAUAAUUCUAUGUAAAAUACCUAAAACAAAAUAAAUUCUACUCAUACAGAUUAUUUAAACGAAGGGUUAAGUGUAUAUGAUUAACAGCUAUAUAAAAAUAAUUUGGAUAACAGCAAUACUUCAAAUAAAAAUAUAAUAAAAUCUAAAGAAAAAAAAAGAAAAAGCUCAAAGAAUAAUUUUCAAAAAAAAAAAGAUAAAAAAGUAAUUGAAGAGUUUCAAGAUUCAUCAAAGACUUGUAAAAAUUAGCACAGAUGUCAAGAGAAGUAAGAUCAUCAUUAAAUAAUUUCAAAAGAAGAUAAAGAAAAUAUAAAUUUAUGCUAAUCAGUUUUAGUAGAUUCCGCGUUGAUGCCUAUUAAAGGAAUUUUAAAGCAAGAUAAAAAAUUCGUCACUUUUUAAAAAUAAUAUCCUAUUUCCCCUUAAACAAAAAGCUAUGACUAUGGUAUUUAGAGUUGUAAGUUUUUUUAAAAAGACUAGUAUUAAUAAAAUUCAUAAGAAACCUCUUCAAAUAGUAGUAACGAUAAUUAGUAUGAUUAACCUAGUUUCGCUUAGGAACAAUCAAGAAUAUCUGAAAAUAAUAAUUCUUCAAAACUUAGCAAUUCUUCAAUAUUGCAAAGAAAGCAUUCUUCUGCAUAAAAGAAUUAAAAAAUAUCUGAAAUUGAUGAUUUAAAUCAAACUAAAUGUAAAAGAAUAUAAAGGAUUAUCUAAACACCAAACUAAAAUAAAAAUAUUUAAAACUCCUAUUUAAAUCUUUCGUGUGAAGAAAAAUAAAGAGAAUUGUCAAUUAAUUAAGUAAAGCUUUCUCCUUUGUAAAAAUCAUUUAUGAGCCAAACAAUAUCAAGCGAGCUUAGGAAGAGUGAUAAAAAAUAAUCCUGCUCAAAAGAAAGAAGUAAAAGUAGAAACAGCAGUUAAAGUAAAAGCAAAAGCAGAAAUAAUUCAUAAAAUGAAUAUUAGUAAAGAAGAGUUAGUAAAAAUAAUAUUAUUUAAGAAGAAGAUAAAAAGAGUUAGUAUUAUUAAUCUAAAUGGUUAAUUGAUACAACCAACAAAAGCAAAUAAUCUAAAAAUGACAUUGAUAUGAUUAAUAAACUCUAUGAGAAAGCUAUUUCAAGCAAAGGUAAACCAUUGCAAACUCAAUAAAAAAAUUUUAUUGAAGAUAACAAAAAUAAUAUUUCUAAUGUUUCUCAAAGAAGGAAUCAGCAUAAAAAUUGGGAUGAGAUUAUCAAAAAAGAAUUUAAUAUUACAAACAGAUAAAGUUCCUCCAAAUAAAAAAAUUUACUGAAUGAAUCUUCAUCUUCUGCAUCAUUUUUUUAAAAUUAUGUUUAUAAAGACUAAAUUUAAAGUGAUCACUAUAAAAAAAAAUAUGCAAACAAUUGA